CCCAGCCACCCACCCAUUAAUAUCCGCUCCUUUUCGAGUGUGGUAUGCAAGUUCUACAUAAGUAAAGCUAGCUAGUAGAGUUUCAACGAUAAAGAAAAAAGCAGCACCAAGAGGGCUAUUGCUAGAUUUUCUGAGAAAAAGAAGGGCAUGGAAAAGUUCACAGAAUUGAUCCACCUCUUCGUGACAGUAUUCCUCUCCACCUUCGCUAGCUUAAUGGUGCUUCCGGCGGUAACCGAUGUCACCAUGGUAGCAGUUUGUCCAGGUCAAGAUGAGUGCUCUCUUGCCAUUUACCUCACCGGAUUCCAGCAAGCCAUUAUAGGAAUGGGAACAGUCGUGAUGUUGCCGCUUAUUGGGAAUCUAUCAGACCAACAUGGAAGGAAGGCUCUGCUCACUCUUCCUUUGACUCUCUCCAUUAUUCCUUUAGCUAUAUUGGCAUAUAGCAGGACAACCGGCUUCUUCUAUGCCUACUAUGCGCUCAGGACCCUCACAGCCAUGAUCUGUGAAGGGAGCAUCGAAUGCCUUGCUCUUGCUUAUGUGGCAGACAACGUUUUAGAGAGACAAAGAACAUCAGUAUUCGGAAUUCUGGCUGGCAUGGCAACAGCCGCGCUUGUCUGUGGAACCUUAGCUGCUCGUUUCCUCUCCACUGCUUUGACUUUUCAGGUUGCUGCAUUGGUGUCAAUGCUUGCCGCCGUGUACAUGAGAAUCUUCGUCGAGGAAAGUCUACCAAAUAGCGAAAAUUUGACGCAGCCAAUCUUGAAGAGCGGACAGGAUGAUCACUGUCAAGAUGAUGGUGAUUUACCAAGGAAGCCAAUGGUAUCUAAGAAGAUGCCAUCAAUUCAGGCUAUCAUUAGCUUGCUGAAGAGCAGCGUAACAUUUUCGCAAGCGGCAAUUGUUGCAUUCUUCAAUAGGCUUUCAUAUGGUGGACUGCAGGCUUCUAUCAUGUACUACUUGAAGGCUCGUUUUCACUUCAGCAAAAACCAGUAUGCUGAUCUAAUGCUACUUGUUGGUGUUUCAGGAAUGGCAUCACAGCUGCUUCUCAUGCCCUUGUUGGCACCACUUGUAGCAGAGGAAAAACUACUGGCAAUAGGGCUUUUAGGGGGCAUUGCAAAUGCACUGCUUUACAGUGUAGCAUGCUCAACUUGGGUCCCGUAUGCCACUACCAUUUUUUCGGUUUUUGCAGUUUUCAUCCCUCCGUGUUUACAGAGCAUCGUGUCGAAACAAAUAGGGCCUGAUGAGCAGGGGAAGGCUCAAGGAUGCAUUUCAGGAAUAAUCUCCCUGGCAAACAUCAUCUCCCCCUUAAUCUAUAGUCCUCUGACAGCUUUAUUCCUGUCUGAGGAUGCACCAUUUAAUUUCCCUGGCUUCAUUUUUGUGUGCAUUGGAUUUGCAACAAUGAUUGCGUUCUUUCAGAGUCUUCUGAUAAGGGCUGCUCCUCCUAUUUCAUGUCACAAAAGCAGCAGCAACAGCAUUCUAGCCUAGACCUAGUGUGAUUGGAAUUACCUCUUUAAUGUACAAGGAGGAAGUUCUCUACAAACUUCAUGUACCACUAAUGGUGAUAUUCCAGAGAGCCCCUCAUAAGAAAGCUAAGAACAGACCUUGGAAGAAAUUCUCCACACUGUUAUAUGCAUAAUAGACGUUCAAUUCGCUUACAAGCACCUGCCAGAAAUCUUUAUGCCUCAGCCUUUUCUUUAGACGGGAGAUUAGAAUUUAAUGAUAUGAAUCUUCUUCAAUCACAAAGAAGCAACAUCGUGUUUAACAAUCUACAGCUGGGGAAAAAUUACAAAAAAAAAAAAAAAAA